UAGUACAGAAAUACAAGAGGAAAGAAAAAAAAACUCCAGCAGCCCAUCUGAUUCUGCUUAAACCGCGCUGUGGCGGGACGAGCAGUGCGUUUGGUUUUCAUUAGAUAGUCUCGACACUGACCCCCUGCCCCAGCUCCAGAAACGCGAAGCCAGCCCGCUUGGCAGGCGCGCGCUGAGAGGAAAAGCAGAGCUGGUGCGCAGUCUGCGCAGCUUUCUGCACCCCGAGCUGCGCCGCCGCACACAGACAAACUGACUGAUGUCACCACCAAGAAGCACACAUCUGCAUUGAGGUGACGAGCUGUAUUCGCAGAUACUUUUUGUUUCCUGUGAAACUGAAGCCAUGGUGUGCAGCCGGACUCCCGGACGGCUACGCAGCGGAGGCUCCGCUCCUCUGCUGGCCGCUGCGCUGCUCAGCCUUCUGCUCGCAGGGAUGCAAACCACAGCGUUUCCCUCCUGGAGGGUCGAGGAAGAAGCUCACACCACCGUGCUGCUCAUCGGGAUCCGCAAGGAGGCCCGCUCCCAAGUGCUCAACCUCUCCAGGAACAAGCGCUACACUCUGACCCCGGAGAAUCUCAAAUGGGACAAGUUCAAGCUGACAUACAAGUUGCUCUCUUUUCCUACAAACCUGAUGAACGCUAGCGACGCGCGCCGAGGGUUCGCCAGGGCUUUUGGCAUGUGGAGCGACAUCUCGCCGUUCACAUUCAGAGAAGUGCCAGCCGACCAAGAGGCAGACAUUAAGAUUGGUUUCUACCCAGUCAACCACACAGACUGCUGGCAGUCCUAUUUGCACCAUUGUUUCGACGGCAUCACAGGUGAACUGGCCCACGCAUUCUUCCCACCUACAGGCGAGAUCCACUUUGACGACCACGAACACUGGAUUCUGGGAAAUAUGCGCUUCAGCUGGAAGAAAGGCGUUUGGCUGACGGAUCUCGUCCAUGUGGCGACACAUGAAAUUGGUCAUGCCCUUGGACUCAUGCACUCUAUGGACCCAAAAGCAAUAAUGCACCUGAACGCAACCCUGACGGGACGCAAGCUGAUCACGCAGGAUGACGUGUGGGGUCUGCACCGUCUCUAUGCUGACUGGGAACUGCUUUCUGAUCGUCCUUCUGAAUCCACCCCCCUCUCUCUUCCAGGAUGUCUGGACCGGUUAUUCAUCUGUCCUGCUUGGGCUCGGAAAGGCUACUGUGACAGCAAGCGUAGGCUGAUGCAGAAGCACUGCCCCUCCAGCUGUGAUUUCUGUUAUGAAUUCCCAUUCCCAACUGUGGCUCCAACACCAACUCCCAUGAGGACCAAACACAAGCUGGUGAUCGAAGGCAAGAGGUUAACGUUUCGCUGUGGGAAGAAAAUCGCAUCAAAGAGAGGCAAAGUCUACUGGUACAAAGACGGGGAGCUGUUGGAAUUCUCUCACCCAAACUAUAUCUCCCUGAAAGACGACCACAUCACCAUCGUGGCCAACGCCAUCAACGAAGGCACGUACACAUGCGUCGUAAAGAAAAGGGACAAAGUUCUCACUAACUACUCGUGGAGGGUACGGGUUCGCUUCUGAAGGCCUCCUCAGCCCUGCGGCACAUGGGACUCUAGGGCACAUAUUUAAUUUUUGUAUCACCUUAAUGAAAUGUUUUUCCUUUGAUAACUUUUAAAUAGAUGUUUAACAUUCAAAUAAUAAAAAAUCAAUAACGGGUAAAC